CCGGGAGGUUAUAAAAGCUCCUGCGCAGCCCUUUCCUCGCCACCUUCCACGCACGUACCUCUCUGCCGCUUCCCCCCCAUUGACCGUCCUUUGCGGCUGUCGAGCUGUGGGUCAGACACCGACGCUAACACUGGAGUUCUAACAUUAACAACGGGGGCUCCCGUUUAAAAGCGCCGCAGCAGCUGACCAACCAGCGCAGUGUGAUCGCUCGCAAGCCUCUCUGAAACAUCCAUUUGUUUUGGAGAAUUGCAGUAGAUAUCCUCUGCCGCCGCACGUCCUAAAUCGCCCCUCAAUUUGGAGAAAAUGGUGCAAAACAAGAUCACCGAAGUCACUGGAUUCCAUCGCUCUUUCAAGGGACAAAAUCCCUUUGAGUCAGAUGACUUUACUAAAAACGGAUCCCACCUCAUUGAUUCAUUUAAUUUUGACCCCUCCCCAAGACAUGACAUGCCUUCCAGCCAGCCCAUCGACAUCCCUGACGCCAAGAAGAGAAACAAGAAGAAGAAGCGUUGCCGGGCAACAGACAGUUUCUCUGGACGAUUUGAAGAUGUGUACAGACUACAGGAAGAGGUUUUAGGAGAAGGAGCUUACGCCAGGGUACAAACCUGUAUCAACCUCAUCACCAACAAGGAGUACGCUGUCAAGAUCAUUGAGAAAAGACCAGGUCACAGCCGGAGCAGAGUCUUCCGAGAGGUUGAGAUGCUGUAUCAGUGCCAGGGACAUAGUAAUAUCCUGGAACUGGUGGAGUUUUUCGAAGAGGAAGACAAAUUCUACCUUGUGUUUGAGAAGCUUCGAGGAGGGUCCAUCUUGGCGCACAUUCACAAGAGGCAGCGCUUCAGUGAACAGGAAGCCAGCCUUGUGGUGCAGGACAUUGCGAGCGCGUUGGAUUUCCUUCACAACAAGGGAAUGGCACAUAGAGACCUGAAGCCUGAAAAUAUUCUCUGUGAGAGUGCAGACAAGAUUUCCCCUGUCAAAAUCUGUGACUUUGACUUGGGAAGUGGAAUCAAGUUAAACAGUGACAGCUCUCCUAUCUCCACUCCAGAGCUCCUCACACCGGUCCCAUUGAGAUUCAGAAUCUUUCAAGAGAGACUUGGCCACCACAAUCAAUAUAAAACGUGUGGUUCUGCUGAGUACAUGGCUCCGGAGGUGGUGGAGGCUUUCAACGAGGAGGCCACCAUCUACGAUAAGCGCUGUGACCUGUGGAGUCUGGGGGUGAUCCUGUACAUCAUGCUGAGCGGGUACCCCCCGUUUGUGGGCCGCUGUGGGGGCGACUGUGGCUGGGAGCUGGGGGAGCCCUGCCACACCUGUCAGAAUACUCUGUUUGAAAGCAUCCAGGAAGGAAAAUACGAGUUCCCAGAAAAGGACUGGGCUCACAUCUCCUCAAGUGCCAAAGACCUCAUCUCCAAACUUCUGGUUCGAGACGCCAAAAACCGACUGAGUGCCAGCCAGGUGCUGCAGCACCCCUGGGUGCAGAGGGGUGCUUCUGAGAUUCUGCCAACCUCCAUCCUGCAUCAAAGAACCAGCAUCGCCCGGGACCUGACCUUCUUUGCGGACAAAGCCAUGGCGGUGAACAGGCAGCUGGCGGAGCAGGACGGGAUGGAGGAGCAGCAGCAGCAGGACGCUCCCUUCGUUGUCACGGCGACUGGCUCGUCCGUGCGUCUCUCUCCUCCGUCCAACUCCAAACUCGCCCGGCGCCGACAGAGGAACAGCCAGCCUAAAACAGGCCCUGUGUCAGCCGCAGAACUGCGGAAGCUGCUGGCUCCUCUGGUCAUCGUGGGGGACUGUGCCUGACCUCAUCGGGACUGUCCAUCAGAGCUGACACCAGACGACUGCCCUGCCCCCUCCCGACUUUGCCCCCUCCUGACUCCGCCCCCUGAGCCUGGCCCAGCUCUGCCCCGUCAAUGCCUUCUGCACUUCUGCAGCACUUCUGAAGCACAAAAACAUGUGCACGCUCAUGUUUGGGGCCAGGGUUCAUUUGGGAGGGACAUUUCCUAAAUUAUAAAUAUUAUUUUUCAUACAACUCAGUUUGGAAGAAUGGGACACUUUCUAAGACUAAGACACCAAAGGACUCGUUGUGCUGCUCCCAUGUUACAACUGGAUCCACUGUGAAUUUAAGUUAUGGGAUGUUCUGCCUGUAUGUAUCUGCAUGUAAAGCCCUAUCUGCACAUACGUACAUGCUUAUGCAAUACUACGCCAUGAAGUCUUUGAAUGGAUUCAGUGGAAGGUCUGAGGGCUGUGAGCCGAUGCUGCCGUGUCUGGAGCAGGCUUUUGUUUAAGUUUGUGUAACGGUGAGAUCACAUUGGCCAUGCACUUAAAAUGAGAAUGUUUUUUCCUGUACCCAGCCAGCCAUGACUUACUGUCACACAAAUGUAUGCAGAUCCAAACCAAACGGCCACAUCCUCCAUGUACUCAGUGUUAACAGUCAGAGGGUGGAAGCAUGGCCACACUAUAGUACGGCUGGAGUGAGGGAAAGUCAUGUUAAAAUGGCAAAUGAAACUCAGUGUUUUCAAAUGACAUGUCCCCUUUACAAACAGUACUUGUACAAUGAUUUUUUUUUCUAUUUUUUUAUUGUCCUAAAAUUUUGGCAGUAAAUGUAUGUAUCCCUCUUGGGUUGCAAAAGCACAUUUCAGCAAUGUGACAUUUUUUUUUUUCAUUUCUGUAAAAAAAACACACAAACUUUUGGACCUUUUUUCAGGGUUAAGUUUCACUGUUCUGUGAUUCAAUGACGCCCUUUCAAAAUAAGAUGUAUGGACAAAAGAUUUCCAAGCAGCAAAUCAAAAAUGAAAAGCAAUUACAAAACAGAAAAAAAAAAAUUUAAAAAGGAAAAAACAUUCCAAAAAAGUUAUAAAAAAAAAAAAAAAAAAAAAAAAGUCUUCCAUUGACAUUUUUGUAAUAUUUUGGAAAACUCCAUGUCAAAUGUGCCACUGAUUUUGUUUUUGUUCCUUCUCAUUUUGGUAUGGCUAUUAAGCUUUUUUUUUUCUAUAAUUUUACAAGCAGGUGCUGUUGAGUUCAGGUUAAACACCGGAUGUUUUCCUUAUUUUUAUAUGUUGGUGUUUUUUUUUUUUUUUUUUUUUUUAAGUUCAAAGUGGUGAAUGAGGAGAGUUUGUGAGUUUGUCUGGAGCGUUCAGGCCCAGAGAAGGCGAGAUUUUAAGUUUUAUUUUUUUAUGUGUAAAAUGCUACGGCAAUAAUCUUUUUUGUUUUGUUUUUGUUUUGUUCUUUAAGCUAAAACUCAUAGAAACUGACAGGAAGUGGACUAAGGUCUCACCACACUGUAGUCAUUUCACCAAAGAGUAGAAGCCUUCCCCAGUCUGUCCCUAACACUCACCCUAUACUCUUCCACUAUAAACAUAUGCAUUAGAAUUGGGGCUGCAAUAAUUAAUAGAUUAAUUAUCAGGCCUGACGACAGAAAUUUGGGGGGCCGGGGUAAGAAAACUCACAUGGGUCCCCCCCACACUGUUUACUAGUCAAAAUUAGCAAAGGAGUAGACUAUAAAAAUAUUGUAGUCAUAUUUUGAUAAUCUUAAUCAUUACCUAGACUACACAGACUCUAAAUCAAAUGCCAAAAACCAUGGCAUUAAAUCAAAAAGUUAAAAAAAACGAAUCAACAAUUUCUGAUUCUCAUUAACAGUAAACUUUAUUCAUAAACAUUCUGUAUUUUAGAAGCCUUCAAUCACAGUUUUCCAACCUUUUAUUUGGUUAAAAAUGUAUCGAUGAUGUAAAAAUAAUCUAUCAAAUAAUUUUCUGACACUAAAUUUUCUAAUACUAAAAGAAUCAUUAAUUGCAGCCUUAGUGGUAAUGCAGUGAUCAGUGCAUGGGGUUGAAUAACGGGGCUUAUUUGGGGAAUGCUGAAAAGUCCAUAGUUUUAAUGUGAUCCAUCGACACAGUGAAAAAAAAAAAAACUCUGGAAAUGGCUCUUAGUUUCACACAAGCUGUUCUGCUGAUAUAAGGACACUGUACUAGUUGGAAAUCUAUUCUACAGAUGCGUCAAUAUGGGUUUUAUGUCUUAUAAUAAGACUUACUUGAAUUUGUGUAUGCAGCUGUUUCUUCUCCGUUUGGGAAACUACUUUGCUUAUAUAAUUUGAAGAGCAUUAAGCUGAAGAUCAAGGCACUCUUUGGGUUUAUGAAAUACCUUUACAGUUCAGUAUUCUGCCUUCUCCCUUUCAGCGUAAAGCGUUUUAUGUCCCUAUUUGUUAUAGGGUUGGAUUCUCAGAGACGCACACACUUUGACCACACUUUCUUGUACCUGGUAUGAGACUUUUUCGGGUCACGACCAUUUCUAUUUUUGUGUGGUGUGGCAGUGUUUUUCAGCUGCCUUUUACUGGGGACGGGGACAAAUAUAUCAAGUCUCUUUUUGUGUUUGUCAUUGAAGUACAGGAGCGUGCAGUCCUUGUUCAGAUGGACUCUUCACCUCCAUGUUGAAUGUAGCCUUGAGGCAAAGCAUUUACAAUCCAGCACCAAUGUAAUCUCCCCAAACAUCUCCCAUCUGUGGGUCCCUCAUUGGAAACUGUCUCAAGACUCACCCAGGCCCAUUGUACUCAAUGGAAGACAAUUGGAUUAACUCCUUUAAUACAAAAUAUUUUUGAUUUAAAAUAAGCACUUUACUGUACCAUGUGAAUGAUUGCAGUUCACUCAAGGCAACAUUUGACAGUUGCUACAGAAUUUUGUAUUGUUUUUCUAAAAAAAUGCAAUAAAAAGCUUUGAAACAAAAAAAA